AUGGAAGGAGAGCUUGGGUGGGUUUUGGUGGAAAUGCGGUCACAAAGGGAUGGACCACCCGAAGCUUUAAGAGUCUCUGUGGGAAAUCCCCUUGAUUCACAACAAGAUAUCAUCAUCAAUCCACCAUCAAACUCUUUCCAGGAUCCUUCUAUUCAUUUUGACUCCCCACCACCUUAUGAAUGGAUGGAACGACCUCGAAGUCAAUUGACUGGUACUCCUGAAUGGUUGGCUGGAACAUCAUCGAGAUCAAUGAGACACAGUCCCGGCUGGAGUCGUAACCCUCGUCCUUUAUCGACAGCUCCCCAUUCUCCUGCUUCUCAUUUCCGUACGAUGGAGGCUUCGUUGCCUUCGGAUUCUCAGUUUCCAACUCUUCGACUUGCUCAUUCACCUUUAUCUCUACAUGAGCUUUCAUCCACUGGUGAGCUCAAUGGAAACCUUUUAAAAAUUGAUUCUUCAUAUGCUACAGGACCACGAACUCAUUCAAACAGAACGAUAAAUCAGAAAAAUUCGAUCGGUGGCACUCUUCCGAAUACGAGUCGAUCACAAACACAACCACUUAUUGUUCACAGAGAGUACUUAAAUGGAACGCCACCUGAGGACCGUAUCUCGACAUCAACUUUUGAGCGUCGAGGUGCACGACAAGCUUCUUUUAUGGCUGCCAUUGCUGGGGGUACAAAACAAAAGAUCAAGCAAACAAUCUCUGCAGAUGCAGGAUCACACACAAGAUUUCAUCGCCGAGAAAGCCUUCGAGCUGCAAUGGAAGAAAAAGAAAAAGACGAGGACGAGAAAGUCUUUCAACGAGUGAUCAAUCCAAAUUUUGAGAAUAAUCAAAGCAAAAGAAAGCUGCAAAUUGUGGAGAUUGAUUCAUUGGAGACAGCUGGUUCAACGGUGCAUGUCACUUUAAGAAGUCCACCAGCUAGAGGACGACGACAUCGACGCAAUCGUGAGGGUUCUUCAUCGGUACGUGUCACGUCGAAACAAACGAGCCGAUCCCUUCUCGAGCCACCUCCCUCCUCCGAAAUGCCUACAUUAUUAGGGGAAUCGCAAUCGGUGCCCGCGUCCCCGAUGCGCCGUCCUCGGCCAAAGUCCUAUGUUUUGGCCACUUCCUCAUCGUUUCCCCUCACCAUCGAAAACGAUGAACACAGACGAGUGCCUUCAUUUCCGUCAGUGGAAUCGUUGGAGCGCCGGCGUCCGGGAGCUCCUCAUCCACCAGCCACGCAGCGUAUCACUCGAUUCAUCCAACUUUUCUCUCAUCAUGAUAACCAAAAAAGUUCUGAAGAAAAACAAUCACAAACAAAGAGACAUGCUCCAUUGAAAAGAUCGAGAACUACGGGUCCACCGGCGAAUCGAGUUCCAUUAUCUCCUCCAAUUCCUGUCCAAGCGUCAGCUGUCUAUCGACAAGGAUUAUUGCAACAUCAAGAGCAUCCGAUUGGUGUUGCUUCGAGACGCGUUCGUCCCUCGCAAUGGGAACAACGAUGGGCUGUUCUUGCUGGGAAAACUCUUCAUUUGUGUAAACAACUUAGCAGCUAUAUCUCUGAUAAAACAAAGGAAAAGAUUUACUCGGUGCCUGCAGAUUCAGUCUCAAUCGAGGUUUCGUCGGCGAUUAUUGAUAUCGCUUACGAUGCACUUAAAAGAGAUGGACAAAAGCAUGUGGUUCGAGUGGUCACUCUGCAACACAGAGAACACCUACUGCAGACACAAAAUGAAGAAGACAUGCUCUCAUGGAUAGCCGCUCUACAAAAAGCGGCCACUUUAUAUGUGGAAGAAGCAGCCGAGCAACAACAAAGGCCUCUGUCCACCACCACUCACUCAGAGCAAUCGCUAGCUUCCUGUUCCUCAUCGUCGGAAGGAGUGUUGAGCGGAGGAGUUUCGGUGCGGCAUGUGGGAACAGGUACAGCAAGUGCACCCCCACUUCCAUCGAUUCCUUUAUAUCCGAUCCGUGCCUCCCAGCCACAACACCCCGAUCGAGCCACUCAACAAUUGAUCAUGCAUAGGUACAAAGCAAAAUCCUCACAAUUGGGCUCACCAAUGGCCAAACGGGUUUCCGAUGGCCACCACGAGGGACAAGCUGGGACAAGUGCCUCGACGUCCACCGAUCACGAGGCACCACCAAGUGGAAAUGGUCAAUGCGCCAACGAAACGGCAACCACACCGAAAACGUUGCGCAAAGGAUGGAAAAAGCCGAAAGCUUCGAAACAGACGAGUGCCGCUGGACCGCCAUCAUAUCAUGACCGUGACAAGCCAAACAAUGCACUUGGGUUGAAGAUCGGUGACUGUCAAACGGCAGGGAAUGGCGAUUUGGUACCAUUGAUUGUGCGUUUGUGCGUGAGAGUGGUGGAAGCACACGGGAUGGAGACUGUGGGCAUCUAUCGAAUUCCGGGAAAUACAGCCGCUGUGAAUGCUCUAAAAGAGACUCUCAAUCAGGGUUUUGAUAACCUGGACUUCAACGAUUCUCGGUGGAAAGAUGUGAAUGUGGUGUCAUCGUUGUUAAAGAUGUUCCUACGAAAGUUGCCCGAGCCUCUUCUCACCGAUAAACUUUACCCAUUCUUCAUUGAUGCCAGUCGGAUGAUAAAUCAUGCUCAAAGACUUCAUAAACUCAGAAAUCUGUUACGGAAACUUCCCAGAGCCCACUACGAUACGUUGAAGCAUUUGAUGACUCAUCUCAGAGCUGUCACUAUGCAUUCUGAAGUUAAUAAGAUGGAAUGCCGUAAUCUUGCCUUAAUGUUUGGCCCAUCGAUUGUGCGUCCCUCUGAUGACAAUAUGGCCACGAUGGUCACACAUAUGUCGGAUCAAUGCAAAAUCAUCGAGUCUUUUAUCAAUUAUUAUAUUUGGAUGUUUGAUGACGCGGGAACGGUGGACGACGCGGUACCCGAGAUGAUUCAAACCGAGCCAGUCCCUCCGCCCGGCGGUGCUCAUGGAUUGGAUGCUGGCCCUGCAGGCGUGUCCACGACUUCUUUCAAUGACAUGCAUAAUUUGAUUCGACGGGCGAAUGAGGAACAGGCAGCCGAUAUGAUGAAGGAGCAAAGUCGUGCCGGAAAGAUUAAAAAUAUACUCAAUGUUCGCCGCAAUUCGCAAAGGAAAAAAGAAAAGGGGCGCCUGAAAAUCGAGAGCACAGCACCUGCCGCCAUGAAUCCCCUUCCAUCGGCGAAUGUUCUGCCAUCUCGACCGGGCAAUUUGUACACCGUGCCUCCGCCAAUCCCUACAUCGAGCGCAUUGGAUACGAUUUUCUGUGGAUCCUAUCAAGAGCGGGAUAUCGAUGCCGAGAUUGCCUCCAGACAAACCGUUUCUCCACUUGCAUCUACUGUUGAUCAAUCUCCAUCACUUGAGUCAUCGCUUGGUUCUUUGCCUGAUACAUCGAGGACAGCGCCAGAGUUGAGUGAAAGAGAUCGAGAGUUAGAUGACAUUGAAAGAAGGAAACGACGACAAGAGAGUCUUUCUUCUGCUCGUCGAAUCUUUAUUGCAGGCAGUGCGGCGGCUGCUGAAAAAGUGUCGAAUGUUGAAAGUGUUGAUUCACUCGUUUCAGACACUCAACAACUUCAUGUUGCUGACAGUCCAGUGCUAGAGGUACUUUCGGAAGCAACUCGCGAAAAAAUUCGUCGCUUUCAAUCGGGCGCAACUUUCACAAACGCGGAGAGAAGUCGAAGAACAGAUACAAUAGCUAGAUUGCGAGAAGCACGAGAGCGAAGUCGAGAGACAGCAUCGUUAGGAGAGCCACGUUUGUGGGGAACAACCGGAGCCCCACUCGUCCACACCAAGCAAAGUCCAUCAAGAGAAGACGCUCUCUCUUUCUCCUCGUCACUCUCCACCGCCUCUUCACUGCCUCUUUCCGCACCAAUGACAGUAAAUGUGCCUCUUGGGACGGCGAGCAGUGAUUAUGCGAGUGAGGAUGUGUCACCGUGUACAAGACAGGAAUCAGCUUCACCAAAAAGGCCACGUCAACUAGCACUUGGUGGGGAAACAAGAUGCGAGCAAAAGAUCAAGAUGAGGAAUCGAGCAGCAAAAGAUCCAAAGAGACGUCACACUUUAACUGACAUGGAUAUACUUCGCGAUUCGACCACUUUCGGCAAGCUGGCUCGAUGGUUGGGCAUUAGAAAGUCAUCACCGGACGUUCGAGAAGAAGGGAAUCUGUUAGAAGAGAAAGGUGAAGAGAAGACAAAAGAAGAAACGGUUGCUAGAAAAGUGGAAUCGAAUGGAAUGGGAAGUGCUCGGAGUGGACGGGCGCUCCCUCCAGCCAUCACUCGGACUUCACCCGCCGAGCUCACUCCAGCCAGCGAAGAUGAACAACUU